AUGGGAUCAACGACUGUAACCAUCACAGAGAAACUUCGUUCUUCUCCUAGUCCUCAAAUCAUUGACAUUCGCUCCGAGUCAUUGGAAGGGAGCCUGACAGAGUCUCUCCAAUACAGUAUCCAUCGACUACGUCAAGAAAAGCCUUCUCUCCCAAAUUUACUUCUCUGGAACGAAAAGGGCCUACGAUACUUCGAACAGAUUACCUAUUUAACAGACUACUACCUCACAAAUGACGAGAUCGAGAUCCUCCGCCGAUCAUGCCAGGAAAUUGCGAGUCAUAUUCCAAGCGGAAGUAUGCUCGUAGAGCUAGGCAGUGGAAACCUGCGCAAAAUCAAACUUUUGUUGGAUGCUCUAGACCAUCAAGAAAAAGAGGUUGACUAUUUUGCUCUCGAUCUUUCCGAGGAAGAGUUGCAAAGAACGUUAUCACUCCUGCCAAAGAAUUGCUUUACCCACGUUCGCUGCUUCGGACUGCUGGGUACUUACGACGACGGCAAGAAGUGGCUAACUCGACCUGAGUUAAAGGAGCGGCCCAAGACCAUUGUAUCCCUUGGAUCGACAAUUGGCAGUAUGAGUCGAGAAGAGGCCGCAGACUUUCUAUCAAGUUUCACAUGGCAGCUAGGAGAAGGGACCCGCUCACCAGCCUUUCUGCUUGGCCUUGAUGGGUGCACCGAUGGAAAGCGAGUCUACGAUGCUUAUAACGACCCGGGUGGAUUGAAUUACGAAUUCAUUCGAAAUGGGCUGUUCAAGGCAAACGAUUUACUUGGAUAUGAAGCCUUCAAACUUGACGAUUGGGAAAUUAAGGGCGAGUGGAAUGAUAAUCAGCGUUCGCACGAUCAAUACUAUUAUGCAUUGAAAGAUACCAAAGUCGGGGGACAAAACCUCCCGGCAAAAACGAAGGUCUUGGCUGUUCAAAGCUACAAGUACGAUGAUGAUGAUAAGUGCAACCUUUGGGAAAAAUCACGUUUAGUGGAAGCUGAGCGAUGGACUUCUUCCUCGUCAGAAUAUUGCAUUCAUAUCCUUCGGGCGCAGUAG